CAGCCUCUCCAUUAAACCAGAACGUGAUUCUCUUUCAGAACACUCUUCAGAGUUCAGAUGGCACCAAGGGAUAGCCGUAGUCCGGCUCUGAUGCAGGUGAGGUGCUUGCUGGUCUUGGCGCUCUUCCUUCUGGUGGCGACAUAUGGCGGUGAAGCCCAGCCGCUGGUGCCGGCGGUCAUGACGUUCGGCGACUCGUCGGUCGACGUCGGGAACAAUGACUACCUCCACACCAUCAUCAAGGCGAACUUCCCUCCCUACGGCAGGGACUUCAAGAACCAUGUGGCCACAGGAAGGUUCUGCAACGGCAAGCUGGCUACCGACAUCACUGCUGAGACGUUGGGGUUCACUAGCUAUGCCCCAGCAUAUCUGAGCCCACAGGCGUCAGGGCAGAACCUUCUGGUCGGAGCCAACUUCGCAUCUGCAGGAUCUGGGUACUACGACCACACGGCACUUUUGUAUCACGCAAUCCCUUUGUCCCAACAACUGGAGUACUUCAAGGAGUACCAGUCUAAGCUGGCCGCGGUGGCCGGAAGCAGCCAGGCUCAGUCGAUCAUCGCCGGCUCGCUGUACAUCAUCAGCGCCGGUGCAAGUGACUUCAUCCAGAACUACUACAUCAACCCUCUGCUCUUCAAGACCCAGACCGUCGACCAGUUCUCCGACCGCCUCGUCGGCAUCUUCAGCAACACCGUGUCGCAACUGUACGGCAUGGGAGCCCGGCGCAUCGGCGUGACGUCGUUGCCGCCGCUGGGCUGCCUCCCGGCGGCCAUCACGCUGUUCGGCCACGGGAGCAACGGGUGCGUGUCGCGGCUCAACAGCGACUCCCGGAGCUUCAACUGGAAGAUGAACGCCACCGUCGGCACGCUGUCUAGCCGGUACCCUGAUCUCAAGAUCGCGGUGUUCGACAUCUACACGCCCCUGUACGACCUCGCCACCUCUCCUGGAUCACAAGGCUUCACGGAGUCGAGACGGGGAUGCUGCGGGACGGGCACGGUGGAGACGACGGUGCUCCUCUGCAACCCCAAGUCGAUCGGGACGUGCCCGAACGCGACGACGUACGUGUUCUGGGACGCCGUCCACCCGUCGGAGGCGGCCAACCAAGUGAUCGCCGACUCGCUCAUCACCGAGGGCUUGAUCUUGGUUACAUAAACCAGUGGAGCGAGCUGCCUCUGUUCGUGGGGUCAGCCGUCGACAAGCUACAAGAAUCUUGAAAGAAAAUAACGUUGGUUCAUAGGAUGGGGGCAUGGUUUGCUUUCAACAACACAAGAAUUACUAGUCGCUUGCGUUUUAAAGAUCUCUGUAAUGAUUCUUUUUCUUAUUUUUGAAGUUCGACUGUAUGGUGUUGAUGUUUUCUGAAACUACUAUAAGGCACUUUUACCUAAA